ACUUAAAUAUUUAUAUGUCGCCAGAACUUGCCCUUUUCUUUAUUUCCGGAAUUUCAGGUGAGGAGAUAAAGAUUUGGAAGAGAGAAAACGCAGAAAAGAAAGAAGAUCUGAAGAAGAGGAGAUGAAGGAAUGUGAGCUGUGUGACGUACCGGCGCGCAUGUACUGCGAGUCGGAUCAGGCGAGCUUGUGCUUUGGCUGCGAUGCGAAGGUUCACGGCGCGAAUUUCCUCGUCGCCAGGCAUUCGAGGAGCCUCCUCUGCCAGGCCUGCCAGUCUCCGACGCCGUGGAAAGCUUCUGGACCGAGGCUCGCUCCGACCGUCUCUCUCUGCGAACGUUGCAUCAGUCGCUGCGACGGACGGAGCCAAAGGCAGGGAGAAGACGAACAGGAGGAGGAAGAAGAAGAAGGAGAAGGCGGCAAUGAAAUCGAGGAUGAAGAUGAUGACGACGACGAUGACGACGAUGAUGGUGGAGACGAUGAUGAUGAUGGCGAUGGUGAUGAUGAUGGUGACGAUGAUGAUGAGGACGGAGAGAAUCAGGUCGUUCCGUGGUCCUCGACACCACCGCCAAUUCCGAGCUCCUCCAGCAGCGAUGAGUCUUCAAAUCGGCUCGGAGGAGCUGCUUCUGACAUAGAACUGAUGGCGGUUUCGCUGAAACGUAUGCGCGAAAAUGCAGAUCUCGGCUCCCAGGACGACGAUCUCGCCUGCUCGUCCUCGCAUCAUUACUCCGAUGCCGGAGCGGCGGCAUCGGCCGCUCGGAACUCGGCCGAAGACGAAGCCACGUCAUUCGGGGCGUCAAAGGAGAAAAAGAAAGCGGUUCUCCUGAAAUCGGCUCGAGCCGCCGAGUUGAGAUCGGCUUUGGUCGGCUCGCUCAAGAGAUUCCAGAAGGAAGACGAGGUCUGCGGAGACGAUGACGUUAUAGGAAUCUGCAAAAUGAGCAAAGAUCCCAGAGCCGUUGAUUCCCCCUCUAGAAGCUCUCCUGGCCGUCUCCUUCAACCAACCUCUAUUUUCUCAGAUUAAUCUCUUAAUCUUCUAAUCAGAUCUUAAUCUCUCUAACCACUCGUAUCAGUAUGUAUUGAUUUAAUCAGAUUUUCUUUUUUUUUUUUACUUUCUUCUUCUUCUUCCUUUUUUUUUUUUUUCUUUUUUUUAUGUGAAUGUGCGGUAGAAAAUCAAAACACCAAAUGACUAGUAAUAGAAAGAUGUUAGAUGUCUGCCAUUUUCCUUUUUUAUUUUUAUUUUCGGAAAAUGAUAUUUACAUCCAUCUUUCUGAUAGACA